AUGAAGAACUCGUAUCCAUCAGUACAGUCAUUCUACAAGAGGGAAGUACAAGCAGAGAAAGAGCCGGCUGCAGAUGCUGCUCAAGUCAAAGUUGGUGACGGCUUCACAGAGGAGGAGCUUUCUGAUGCGCUCGACCCAUUGAGCCGCAAGUGGGAUCCAGAACGAGAGUACGAAGAGUUGAAUAUCGUGCAAUUGAUUCCUGGUCCUCGUGCUGUAACGUUCGUCGGGAGGAUCGUGAAUCUGGCGACAUUCUUUGGCCACACCCCGAAGCAGCCCAGAGCAGCAGGCUUCCAUUCUUUGAUUGCUAAAGAUGACUCUGGAGCUAUUUCAAUCAAAUUGUACUUCGCGCGCGAUCAAUACCCUCUUAGAAUCGGUCAGCUCCUCUCCCUCUGGACGCUCUUCAUCUCCGACACCUCCAAGAUCGGCAGCAGCAUUGUCAGUGCCGUCAGUGUCUGCGCCAACAUGUUCCCCGGCCGCGUUACUUCCGACCAUAUCAUGAUCCAUACCACCGGUAGCACUGAUGGCAUCUGCCGCACUCCUCUCGAGUACAAGAAGGGCCACCCUCUGCCCGGUCUCAUGACGCUGGAUACUUGGCUAAAGGGCGGGCACGACGGUGUCACCGGCGCAAAGAUCCUCGUCUGCGUGAAGAGUCUCGGGGGCCGCAAGACCAUUAAAAGGAAAGAUGGCGCGGAGAGCGACCUAGCUGACGUCGGACUCUUCGACCAUACCGGUGAAGUGCGGAUGACGCUGUGGAACUCGCAGAUCGAUUCCUGCAAGGACUGGCAGCCUGGAAGUACCAUCCUCUUACUGUCCAACCCAGGCUACAAAGUCCAGUUUUCCGGUAAAGGAAGCGUGGGCAUUACGCACCAGACUAUGAUUGAUGUCGAGCCUGACUUUCCCGAUGCGGAUUGGCUGCGGAAAUAUGCGGCGGGUUUGAUGAAGAAGGAGAGCUUGAAUGUGGCUUGGCCGGAGGGAGUGUGGGAUGUGGAGGCUGCGGAGUAUGGGGUUGUGAGGAUGCUGUUUACGCUUGCGGAGUUGGAUCGAUGGGUCAGAUCGGAUGGUAAUCAGACGUUUACGGGUAUGAUUAAUGUCACUAUCAUGGAAAUGUCUCUGGUCUCGCUGCAUAGAAGGAAUAUGCUCAUGUGUGCUGAAUGCUGCGGCGUGCCAAUCUACUCCAACAGCCUCUCAACUCCUUGCCGCAACUGCUCCAAGCCUCAAGAACUCUCCCUCAACCCUCGCAUAAUCGGCACUCUCCUCGACGAGACGGGCUCCAUCGCACCAGGCAAGCUCCUCUGGAGUACCCGUGCUUGGGAGAUGUUGUUCGGGAGAAGUGUGGCUGAGGUUACGAGGAUGACCGGCGAGGAGGUUAGGUUGUUUGAGCAGAGGGUUUGUUGGCUGAGGUGUCAUCUUGUUGUUGGGUGGUCGGUGGAGGUUGGGAGACUUGGGGUGUUGGGUGUGUUGAUGUAG